ACGGAAUGUGAGAAGGUUCGACUGAAACUCCGGCCUGUACCACUGUGCAAAAUGCCCGCUGCCGAACAGUGGACGGCUGUGAUAUCAUGGCAGUGCGCGCACUCAAUAUAACGCAUCUUCUUCCAAUGGCAGGAUUUGAAGUUACAUGCUGAUGUGUACGAAGGCGGUACAGCCCUGCUAUUGAACGCCACCAAGUCUUUCACGUUAAGCUGUAAAAGAUGGACUAGUCUACUUUGUAACCAAAACGUAUCAGGAAAAGUUGUCCGAAGAAUUAUGGCAGUGUUUUUCAGUUUAAUGGAGGAUUACACUUGGCACACAGCAGCACAAGAAAACCAAGCUUUUUGCGCUCGCUAAUCUACAUAGUGAAUUCCCACAGCGUCAUGAUGAAUGUCACUAAUCGGCUCGUUGUCUAUUCGCAGGGUAGCCUGAUCCUCAGGGGAGAAAAAUUCCUGUUUGGAAGAUCGAAAGUCCAUCUUACCACAUCGAUGAAUCGAUCCAGCGCAGCAUCUUACUCCAAGUACACAGCACCUAGAGCAAUGUGA